AUGAGUGAACGAACAUAUCAAUGGGAUUCAAGUUUAGACGUUAUUGUUGAAGAAAAUUGGGAGCAUAUCAUCAAGAAGGGAUACUCUGAUAUGAUGUCCACAGUUCGAGAUGAUGCUGUUAAAAUGGCGAGAAAAGCGGGUGUGAAUGUUCGAGAUUUGACUAAUGUUAAGCCUUUUUAUCCGGAGUGGAUUGAUGAAAAAUUUUUUGCAAAAGUGAUUGACGAUGUAUGGAAUACAAGUGAGUGGAAAAAUGUCUCAGAAUCAAGCAAAGGCAAUAGAGCCACAUUAAUAGAAGGGCAGAUGUCUAGACAUUCAAGUGGAUCACUUAGCUUUGAUCAUCAUCAAUUGAGAAUGGAGAAGGAAAAAGGUGACCCGGUUCCCGAGGUAGAUGUUUACAAAGAGACCCACACUAAGACACUUAAGGCAUUAGAGAAGGCUGCAGGUGCACCUACUGAGUAUACUACCUUGUGGUCGGGGAUGGUGCUGGAAAAAUACUUAGAACUUGCAACAGAGAGGUUUGGGUCAGAGCGUGAUACUCAUCCAAAACGUAUCUAUAGAGAGUUAUGGGAGCAGGCUAGUGGAGGGAUCAAGAAGGGAACAUUGUUUGGGAUAUCCAAUGAAAAGAGGUCACUGACAACAUCAUGGGCUGCUGGACUUUCUGGUCCAAACAUGGGUGGGACAUCUAAUGAGUUACUAGUGAAAGUCAAUAACAGUCCAGUUCUCAGUAAACGAUUUGUUCUGGCCAAUGGAUAA